UAUUGAUGGUGCUGCUAUGUCCUCUUUAAGAAGGGGCAGUACCAAUGCAGGUGGUUCCUAUACUCUAUCACCAGGUGACCCCUCCCCCUUUCAGAGAGGAGCACGUACCACUAGAAGUUUUAGAGAUCGUGUGAAAUCUUUGAAGGCACCCAAGAAAGUCCCUCAAAGACAACAGGCAGAGACUCACUCGUCUACCAGCGGUGAUCUCAUCCUUCCUAGAAUGAGAGGUGGUCGUUCACUUGAUAACCUUCACAGAGUCAGCAUGGCUGAAGGAGGGGGAGAGAAUCAACCCAGUCUAGGGGAACCUGGAACAUUCGUUGACCUGGCGACAAAAGGUACUCUAAGCAUACAGCUGGUUCAUCCUAGCGUAUCGCCGAGACACAGUUGCUUCAGAUUAAUAACUGACAAUGAUAUUAUAUAUGCGUCUUGUGGAUCUGCUGAAGAACUGGAUAGAUGGGUUACUAGGUGA